AUGUGGUACUCCUGGACAUUAUUCUCGGGAUUGUACCCGUCACCAUUUCGAGUAACGGAAGCUUCGCAAGAUGGUGUUGCUUCCUGUAAUAUUAGUACAAAUCCAUCUUUCAAUAACUCAUCAUUAUUUCUUAUAACAACACUUAUUAAUGAUAAAUAUAUGAAAGCUAUGAUAGAUAUGGGUACAACUCACACAUUUAUUUCAAUGAAAACAUUAUUUAAAAUACGUAAUCAACAAUUUAUUAAUUCGAUACAUCGUCCAGUAUUUUCUACUUAUGAAAAUAUACCUUUUCCUAUUUAUGGUGAAAUUCCAUUAUCAAUUAAAAUGGGUGAAAUAUUGACUUCAAUUAGAGCAUUUAUUAUUCAAGAUUUAUACUUUGAUUGUAUAUUAGGUAUGGAUUUUAUUAAGAAAUAUAAAUUACAUAUUAAUUCGGAAGAGCAAACCAUGUCGAUUGCUGAUAACAAUAAACGAACAACAUUACAUAUGAAUGUUAAUAAUGGAAAAAUUCGUUUGCCUGUGCGCUUGAUUAAUACUAUUCGGAUUAAACCAAAACAGACUGUUUCUGUUCCCGUUUCUGUUCCAUUAUCAUCAUAUAAAGCGCUAUUUCGACCAUCAUUUAAUUUACAACAACACACACCUUUAGUAAUAUCAAGCUCAUUAAUAUCUGUUAAUGAUUAUACUUCUUUUAUCUCUCUUUAUAAUCCGAAAAGUUAUUCGCAAAUGCUAUCCAAAGGAAUUAUUUUGGGAACAACAACAAUUUCUACAUUACUAUUGAAGAAUAUUUCUACUAUUAACAAACAAUCAAUCUAUAAAAAUCCAAACAAUUCAUUUCAUCCAAACUUGAAAGUAAUGUUAGGCAAAAUGAAUAAAACUUAUUCGAAACGUAAUAGGCAACCGCUGAAUACGGCGUCUGUUGCUGAAAAAAUUUGUGGCCAAGUCGGUUCUAUUUUUACAUGUCCAAAAAACAAACCAACUAUAUACAAACGACAACCAGAUCAGUUUGAUACAAAUCAAUUAAAAAUUGAACAAUCUAAAGAUCCACAUAUUCAACAAAAAAUUAAAGAACUAAAACAGAAUCCAAACGAGCAUCCCUAUGUAUUACAAGAUGGAGUGUUAUAUAAAUUAAUGUUAAUGAAGACCAAUUGUUUAACUAAAGUUAAAUUAAUUUAUUUACCAACUUCCAUGAUUGAUUCGUUUAUUAAAGUUUAUCAUACUGAUCCUAUUGCAGAUUACUCCAGCAUACAACGUAUAUAUUUGAAAUUAAAAAACAAGUUCUGGUGGCCAAAUAUGAAACAAUCUAUUAUCCAAUAUAUAAACACUUGUUUACAUUGUCAAGAAAAUAGCAAUAGCUAUAUUAAAAAUCCCGAUCAAGUAUAUCCAAAAUCGAUUAUCAGCAAACAAAAUUCUACUCAAUUAGUACGAAAUGAAACAACUCCAUUAAUUAAUCGUCAACAUGUUAAUGAUAUUCGACCAAAAUUUAUAAAAUCAAAAUAA